CCGAGAUACGAGAAGAUGCGGCCACCUCCUCCUUGCCCCCCGGCACCGACGGCGGCGGCCUUACGCGAGGCCAUGGAGACGGCAGCCAUCGUGGCCGCCCUGACGCACGUCAUUGCCGGUGGCCGUGCAGAAACGCUGACGCAAACGCCACCGCCGCCGUGUCCGUGGGCGUCAUUGGGCUACCGCUGCCAUCAUGAAAACGUCGGGCCAGCGUCGUGCCAAGGCGAGACUGGGACGACGUCCCCGCCGCCGGCGAACAUGGUCUCGGGUACCUCUGUUCGCUUUCCUGCUCCUGCACCCGUCGCGUCGCCCGGGUGGUGGAUGCUCACGUGCUUCUCCAUCUUUGCAGUGGAACGUCGCGUCGCGCCUGCGCCGCCGCCGCCGCCGUCGCAGCGUAGCUACCGCGGGGUGAGGCGCCGGCCAUGGGGCAAGUGGGCGGCGGAGAUCCGUGACCCCAAGAAGGCGGCGCGCGUCUGGCUCGGCACGUUCGUUACCCCCGAGGACGCGGCGCGCGCCUACGACGCCGCGGCGCUCCGUAUCCGCGGGAGCCGCGCCAAGCUCAACUUCCCGGAGGACGCGUCGUCGCUACGUCGUCGCCCGCCGGUCGCCGUGGGCUCCUCUCCGCAGUCGCGUUCUCGCUUGGAUUUGGAUUUGGAUGGCACGGCCACCACGGGCCGCUCGCCGUCGUGCCUGGAGAUGAUGUACGCCGGGACCGGGACGGAUGCGUUCAUGGUGGGCGGUGGAAAUAAUGGCCGGUUCUUGGGUUCCUGGAGCAUCGGAACUUCGUCGCCGUCGCACAAGCCUGUAUGUUCGAGUGCUCCCGUCGUCGUCGCUCCUGCAGCAGCGGAGUAGAAGACGCGGGGAAUGGUUGGGACUUGUAUAUAGGAAUCACCGUCUCGGCUUCCUUUGUUGUUGGUUUUUUUUUUUUCUUUUCGAGUUUCUUUUCUUGUUUUAUUUAUUACUUCUGUGUACAUAUAGGAGUACGUGAUAUAUUGUUUUACCCUUUUUUGAAUCCAAAUUAUAUUUCCGGCAGGCCAGUUUCUCCUUAACUAAAUUCUCAUCCCCCAAAGUAACGGAGAGAACGUGGCAUCAAUUCUCAGAGUCGGCUCAAACUACACUAUGGCGUGGGUUCAUAUUUCUCGAAUCAGUUCAAACCAUAUCUUAUAGCAGUUGUACACUUGCAUU